UCUAACUGAAACGAACGUGCAUCUUCUGGUAAGCAAUCUCCCUCCCCCCGAAUCCCGAUCCCCUCCUGGAUCUCGCCGCGCGUCCGAAGCCACGAUGCCCGCCGCGGCAGCCUCCGGCGGCGGCGUGGCCGACGCCGAGGAGCUUUUCCGCACCAAGCGCGUCGCGGAGAUCCGCGAGGUGGAGGCCGCCACCCGCCGCGAGAUCUCCGCCAAGGAGGAGGAGCUCCGGCAGCUCGUCGGCCGCAGCUACCGCGACCUCCUCGACUCCGCCGACUCCAUCCUGCUCAUCAAGCAGUCCUCGGACGCCAUUUCGGAGAACCUCUCCCGCGUCUCCGACUCCCUCUCGUCACUCUCCCCGCCCGCCGAGGCCCCGAACGCCAGCGCUUCGCCCUCCUCUUCCGGGGGCCGCGCGCGGCUGUACGCCGCGGCGGCCCGCGCCAAGUACCUGGUCGACACGCCCGAGCACAUCUGGGGCCGGCUCGACGAGGGGAUGCUCCUGGAGGCCGCGGGGCGGUACAUGCGGGCGCAGGUCGUGCACCGCCUGCUCUCCCGCGACGCCGCCGCGGCAGCGCGGUUCCCGCUGCUCGCGCACCAGGCGCAGCUAGUGGAGGCGUUCCGGCCACAGAUCGCGCAGCGCGCCCGCGAACGCCUGACCGACCGUCGCCUCCCUGUCUCGGCCCACGCCGACGCACUCGCGGCUGCAGCGGCGAUCGACGCGCCGUCGCUCACCCCGUCCCAGGCGCUCCUCCUCCUCCUCUCCUCUCGCCGCGCCUGGAUCUCGCAAGCUCUGACCGUGCUUGCCUCGGAUCCGUCCUCCUACACCUCCGUGCUCUGCGAUGUCGCCGGGAUCGUUCGUGUCACUCUCGGCCACGUCGGGCAGCUAUUUGUGCCUGCGCUCACCGACUUGCCCAUGUUCUACAAGACCGUGCUCGAGUCGCCGCCCCCUGCACAGCUGUUCGGUGGCAUUCCAGACCCCGACGAGGAGGCACGGUUAUGGAGAGAGCACUGGGAUCAGCUUGAGGCUACCAUGGUGCUACUUGAGCCGGAUACUGUGGCACGAACCUGUACAGAAUGGCUUAAGGAAUGUUGCGAUGAGAUGUUUGGUGUGAUUGCUGGGUCGCAAAGGCUAGUCGAUGCUAUCGGUAGUGGGGUGGGACUUGGCUCGGCACAAAGGCUCAUUCGUGAGAAACUAGAUGACAGAACAGGACUGGAAGGGAGUUUGGAGCAGUGGCUGAAGAGUGUGUUUGGAUCAGAGAUUGAAUCCCCAUGGGAUCAAAUCCGUGGGUUAAUCUUGAAACAAGGAAAGGAUAUUUUUGAAGACUGGAUGGAGGAAGCAUUUGUGCAACGGAUGAAGGACAUUGUGCAUUCAGAGUUUGAUAGCUUGGUUGGCAGUGUUAAUGUGAUGGAAUCGAUUCAGGCUAUUGGUGCGAAUGCUGGUCCCAAGGAUGCUGCUGAUUUCCUGGUGCAUGUGCAAAAAGCUUCGACUGGGGGUAGUGUAUGGUUCUCAGAAUCUAAGAUCAAGAAAGGUGGAAUUUUGGCACAUUUGAAACCAAUUGCUGAUGAGAAUGACUUCCACAGCUGCCUAGCCUCGUAUUUUGGGCCGGAAGUUAGUCGCAUCAAGGAUGCAAUUGAUGGCAAAUGCAAGAGUAUUCUCGAGGACCUUUUAAGAUUUGUUGAGUCACACAAUUCAGUUCAGAGGUUGAAGGAGUUGGUGCCAUACAUCCAGGAGAAAUGCUAUAGGACCAUCUUGGGAGUACUGAACAAAUUAGAAGCCGAACUUGGAAACCUCUCUGAUGCACUGGGAACGAAAAAGGGGGAUGACAGCGUGCCUGCUGCAUCCGUUAUUGUGGAGAGGUCUCUCUUCAUUGGCCGCCUCUUGUUUGCGUUGAGAUAUCAUUCAAGUCAUGUACCCCUGAUACUAAGCUCCCCAAGGCAGUGGGUAAAGGAUUCUGGUGGUGCAGCAUUUGCCAGGUUAUCAUCGCCCACGCCAAGACAUUCAAGAGCAUCUUUUGAGUCGUCGUCACCUUUUACCCCCAGAAGACAAUUUGACAGCCCUAGGAGUCCUGGAAGGCAAUUUUCUGAAAGCCCCAGAAGACAAGCUAUUGCUGCUGCUGCUGCUUCCUUGUUUGGUGCUGAUGAUAGCUCCAAUCCCAGACUUGAUGAACUCAAUAAGACCCUAAAGGCACUGUGCAUUACGGCUCACACUUUGUGGAUAACAUGGGUGUCUGCUGAAUUAUCAGACCUUCUUUCAUAUGCUCUCAAUAGAGAUGAUUCAUUAUCCUCAUCAACUCCUUUAAGGGGAUGGGAAGUUACAGUCAUCAAACAAGAGGAACCUACCGAUGGUCCCUUGGAGAUGCAGAUAGCUCUUCCAUCAAUGCCUUCGCUGUACAUUAUAUCCUUUCUUUACCAAGCAUGUCUGGAGAUUCAUAAAAUAGGAGGGCACAUCCUGGACAGAAUUAUAUUGCAUAAAUUUGCCUGGGAUUUACUACAGAAGGUUAUCAGUAUCUACGUAAACUUUUUGGCAUCUAUCGAGUCAAGUAACUCGCAGGUUUCAGAAAAAGGAGUUCUGCAAAUACUGCUAGAUCUGCGUUUCAUUGGCGAUAUCCUAUCCGGAGGCAAAAACUCUUUGGCCAAUCCUUCUGAAACACAGAUUAAACAGGACACUGCUAAGACUACCUUCAGGAGAAAACAAUCACAAUUCCAGGCAGAUUCAGCUACCAUAGAGCCUAUAAACAAGCUGAUCAAUAAAUUCUCGCAGAGAUUGGAUCCAAUAGACUGGGCUACGUAUGAAUCUUACUUAUGGGAGAAUGAGAAGCAAUCUUACAAGCGAUGCGUUGUUCUUUUUGGUUUCUUGGUUCAACUGAAUCACAUGUAUACUGGUGCGGCACAAAAGUUACCAACAAAAACAAAUACAGAUUCAAAUAUUAUGAGGUGCUCCCAGGUUCCAAGAUUCAAGUACCUACCAAUCAGUGCCCCAGCUCUAUCAUCAAGAACACCCAAGUCAUCACUACAGUCACCAUCUGAUGAUUCAGCGUCUAGGAGCCCUUGGAAAUCAUCAUAUUCAAAUGGGGAAAGAUCUGCCAUGUCAGACUAUGAUAAUGAUGCAAGUCUUGGGACUGCAGCUCCAUUGCUCAAGUCCUUUGUUACGCAGGUUGGGAGCAAAUUUGGGGAGAACACAUCUAGAUGGGGUUCCAUGCUCUCUGAUGGCCAGGUAGGGCUGAGCGACAUUCUUCCUGGACCAGCAGCUGGGUUCUUCUCAUCUUUCACAUCUGGGGCCCGAUAUGAUUCAUAGUCAGAAGUAGUGUGAAUGAAGGUCUCGAGUCCAUACGUCCUCUUAUACAUCAACAAACGGAAAUGCACAUAACAAGAUAUAACGGCAUCACCACUGCUGAUGGGUGUAAUCUGUCAUUGGGAAUCUGUUGCUUACAGAAUGAUGACACAUACUAGUUGGCCCGAUGACGGUCAGCACAUCCUAGCAUAUCCCAUCCAUGCGCCUUACAUUUUGUUUGAUGGAUGCGGAGAAGCUCAAGCAGAUGUGAUUGAAGCGGCCUGCUUCCAGCCUGCAGGGAUGGAGGAGGCGUUGAUACUUGGAGGAAUCAGAUGUUUCUUUGUACCCAGGUUUUUUGGUACGUGCAAUUUGAAGGAGAAUUCAAGCGCAGCUUAGCUUUGUACUGAUACCAGCUCACCUUUUUCGGUGCGCCUCGAUCAACUUGUGUACAUUUAAGGCCUGAUGGAAUUUGAUGAAGAGAAUUUUGGAGCCCAUUCUUUUUUCUAGGUCUCGGCGGUUUGGGAAGGAUGUUGUUAUUAUAUUCGAACAGUUGUGAGGCUGCUGUUGUGGUGUUUCCGACCUCAUGUGUAGUACUAGUUGUGUACACUGCAAAUAGCAAUAAAGCAUGCAUUUUUUUUUCUCCUUGAAAA